AUGGACAAUCAGACUCAAAUCACUGAGUUCGUCCUCCUCGGCCUCUCCCAGCAGCCCCUGCAGAGACAGCUGCUCUUCAGCCUGUCCUUCAUCCUGUAUUUGAGUGGGUGCCUGGGGAAUCUUCUCACCAUCCUGGCCAUCGUCUUGGACCCUCACCUCCACAGCCCCAUGUAUUUCUUCCUCAGCAAUUUGUCUCUUCUUGAUAUCUGCUUUAUCUCGACCACCAUCCCCAAGAUGCUGGUGAACCAUCUGUGUGGGCUCAGCACCAUCUCCUUCUCAGCUUGCCUGGCCCAGAUGUAUUUCUUCAUCGUCUUUGGGGCAGCCGACAGCAUGCUUCUCUCGGCCAUGGCUUACGACCGCUACCUGGCCAUCUGCAGCCCACUGCACUACGUGACAAUCAUGAGUGUCCUUUGGUGUGCCUUGCUGGUGGUGAUACCCUGGAUCUCAGCCAACCUCAUCUCCAUGGUCCACACUCUCCUGAUGUCCCACUUGUCCUUCUGCACCAAUAGGAUCCCACACUUCUUCUGUGACAUCAAUGCCUUGGUCAAGCUCUCCUGCUCUGACACCCAAGUCAACGAGAUGCUGGUGUUGGUCCUUGGGGGCCCGGUGGUCCUCAUCUUUUUCAUGUGCAUCAUGGCCUCUUACACACCCAUUGCUGUGGCUGUGUGGAAGGUGCCCUCAGUCCAGGGCAUGUGGAAAGCAUUCUCCACGUGUGGCUCUCACCUUUGUGUUGUCUGUCUCUUCUAUGGGACUGUCAUUGGGGUCUACUUCACCCCUGCAUCCACACACACCACCCAGAGGGACAUGGCAGCCACAAUGAUGUACACCAUGGUCACCCCCCUGCUGAACCCCUUCAUCUACAGCCUGAGAAACCGAGAUCUGAAGGGGGCCCUCAGGAAACUUCUUCUCAGCAGGAACCCCUUUGCCCCAGCCUCUUUAGAGACUCUUUUUAGGCCUAAUUGCUUUUGA